AUGGCAUCGAGGUCCACUGCAACUAUGGGAAUGGCUAUGGGCGCAAUCGGCGCAGCCUCCUUGAUGGCCCCAGCUCUCCAGGCCUUCGUGGCACCCUCCGCGGCACCUGCGGCGCCCCAGCUCCGGGGAGCGACCGAGGUGGCUGAGAAGACCAAUGCACGUAGCCAGGCAGUAGCAGCCACAGCAGUUGCAUCUGCAGCCUUAGCGCUCGCUUCCAGCGGUCGCCGUGCCGGUCGCGGGGCGGCAGUCGCCCGAAGGGCAGAGGCCACGGGCGCAACGACGGAGAAGCCAUUCGCAGGCGGCCUCAUCGGCGGAGAGUCUGCAUUCGCUGGGCAGGACUUCAACUUCGAUCCCCUGGGCCUUUCAGUGAAGUGCGAGAAGUACCUCCCCUGGUUCCGCGAGGCAGAGCUGAAGCACGGUAGGAUCGCCAUGUUGGCCUUCGUCGGCCUCGUUGUGCCGGAGGUCGUGCGCAUCCCAGGCCCGGAUGCCUGCUAUGCAGCCAAGACCGUCGUGGAUGCCCACAACGCUUGCGUCGGCAACCCGCCUUUCCCAUUCCUCGUGAAUGCAGAGGAUUUCUUCGGCACCGACAGACAGCAGGGGCCGCUCUUCCAGGUCUAUGCCUUCGCCGGCGUUGUCGAGAUGCUGACCACCUUCGCCAAGACCUGCAACGUCUCCAACAAGCCUGGCCUGACCCUUGAAAAUGCAGGCGACUAUGCUCUGGGAACGAACUUCCUGCCUUCGGACCCUGCGAAGGUGAAGGAGAUGAAGCUGAAGGAGCUGAAAAACGGCCGCCUGGCAAUGUUGGCCUUUGGCGGAGCCAUCACCCAGGCCGCUUGUCCUGUGUUUUAUCUCCAAUGCUGGCCCACACCUAAGCCCAAAAAUUCCCAAAACCUUAAACCCUAA